CAAGAGAUUUUCUCUUGUAUAUUUUUCUUGGGUUGACUUUUACUGUUUCAUAGCACACAGAGGAAACAAACCAAACACCCAACUCACCCCACUCUUUCUCUCUCUAGAAGCCUCAUUUAAAGCCCCCACCACUUGCUGUAGCGUGUUGAAGUCAAAAGUUGCCUCUUUUCUUACUUCAUUGAUCGUCAUGGCAAGAACCAGAAACAGAAAACCAUAUUAGAAGAACCUCUGCUUCUUCGUCAUCUCUCUCUCUCUCUCUGCAAAAAAAAAAAACAUCUUAAAAAUCUCCUUACUCUCUCCUUGAAAUGCGUGUUCAUCGCUUGUGGGUGAUCCUCAUCUUCCUCACAGAGCUACUAUGCUUCUUCCACUCCUCACAAUCUCAAACCCCCCACCUCACUUGCCACGCACGUGACCUCAACGCCUUGCGUGACUUCAUAACCAACCUCGAACCGAAACCAGACGACUGGUUCUUCGCCAACGACAACAACUGCUGCAACUGGACCGGAAUCACCUGCAACAACAACAAUAACAAAACCAGAAGAGUCACCAAACUCGAACUCGUGAACAAAAAACUGUCGGGGACCCUGUCGGAAUCUCUAGGAAACCUAGACCAGAUCAAAGUCCUCAACCUCUCCCGCAACUCCAUCAAAGACUCCAUCCCUCUCUCCAUCCUCACCUCGCCGACUCUCCAAACCCUCGACUUGAGCUCCAACGAUCUCUCCGGACAGAUCCCACAAACCCUAAACCUACCUUCUCUGCAAAGCCUCGACCUUUCCUCCAACUCCUUCAACGGGUCCUUCCCUCGUUCCAUCGGUGAUCUCUCCAGCCUCGUCCGUCUCGAUGUCUCGUGGAAUCUGUUUACAGGCGACAUCCCUGACGUGUUCCACGAGUUGACUCGGUUGAAGUAUCUCUCAGCUCAGACGAACAGACUCACCGGAGGGAUCCCUAUAUCGUUAGCGAGUUCACGGACGUUAAAUCUGCUUAAUUUAAGGAACAACUCGUUAACCGGUCCGUUACUGUUGAACUGCACGGCGUUAGUUGAGUUAACCUCUCUCGAUUUAGGUACAAACCGGUUCGACGGCCGGUUACCUGAGAAUCUCCCGGUUUGCAAGCGGUUAGAGAACGUUAACCUCGCGCGUAACGGUUUCCACGGACAAGUCCCAGAGAGUUUCAAGAACUUCCACAGCCUCUCUUACUUCUCGUUAUCGAACUCCAGCUUGGUUAACAUCACAUCCGCGCUUAGGAUCCUUCAGAGCUGCAAGAACUUAACGGCUCUUGUCCUCACGUUAAACUUUAACGGAGAGGCGUUACCCGAUGAUGACGCGAGUAUCGUUGGGUUCGAGAAGCUUAAGGUGCUAGUAAUUGCGAAUUGUAGACUUACCGGUUCGGUUCCCAGAUGGUUAAGUUUGAGUCGUGAUCUUAAGCUGUUGGAUCUUUCUUGGAACCGGUUAACCGGAACUAUACCGAGCUGGAUCGGUGAUUUCAAUUAUCUAUUCUACUUGGAUUUAUCCAACAACUCGUUUACGGGAGAGAUCCCAAAAAGUUUAACUCGGUUACAGAGUCUGACAAGUGGAAGCAUCUCAUUGGACGAGCCAUCUCCCGACUUUCCUUUCUUCGUGAAGAGGAACGAGAGCGGGAAAGGUUUACAGUACAAUCAGAUCGUUGGCUUCCCGCCAACGAUCGAGCUUGGUCAUAACAACCUCUCGGGACCUAUCUGGGAGGAGUUUGGUGAUUUAAAGAAGCUUCAUGUGUUUGAUCUGAAAUGGAACGAGUUGUCUGGAUCUAUCCCUAGCUCGAUGUCUGGUAUGACUAGCUUGGAGCUUCUCGAUCUUUCUAACAACCGUCUCUCCGGAUCGAUCCCUGGUUCUCUCCAGAACCUCACGUUUCUGUCUAAGUUCAGUGUUGCUGGGAACAAUCUGUCGGGAAGGAUACCUACCGGUGGUCAGUUUCAGACGUUCCCGAACUCGAGUUUCGAGUUUAACAACCUCUGCGGGGAACGGAGGUUCCCCUGUUCUGAAGAUGUGAUGGAGGAUGCAACGACAAGGCUCAAACAUUCAAGAAGAAGAAGAAGAAGCAGAGGUGGUGAGAUUGGUAUGGCGGUUGGGAUCGCGUUUGGUUCGGUCUUCCUUCUCACUCUCUUGGCGUUGAUAGUGUUGCGUGCUCGUAGACGGUCAGGGGAAGUUGAUCCAGAGAUGGAAGAAGAGAGCAUGGAGAUUUGUUCUAAGAAUGUGGUGCUGUUUCAAGACAAUGACAAUACUAAAGCUCUCUCCUAUGAUGAUCUUUUGGACUCUACAGACAACUUUGACCAAGCCAACAUCAUCGGCUGCGGCGGGUUCGGUCUGGUUUACAAAGCAGUGUUGCCAGACGGGAGAAAAGUGGCGAUCAAACGGUUAUCAGGAGACUGCGGUCAGAUCGAAAGAGAGUUCAAAGCAGAGGUUGAAACACUCUCGAGAGCGCAGCAUCCGAAUCUUGUCCUACUCCAAGGGUUCUGUUUCUACGAAACCGACCGGCUUUUGAUCUAUUCUUACAUGGAGAACGGAAGCUUAGACUACUGGCUGCACGAGCGCAAUGACGGUCCAGCUUUGUUGGACUGGAGAACUCGGGUUCGAAUCGCUCUGGGUGCUGCUAAAGGGUUGUAUUACUUGCAUCAAGCUUGCGAGCCUCAUAUAUUGCACCGUGACAUCAAGUCGAGCAACAUUCUUCUUGAUGAGAACUUUGAUUCUCAUUUAGCGGAUUUCGGAUUGGCUAGGCUUAUGAGUCCUUACGAGACGCAUGUUAGUACUGAUUUGGUUGGGACUUUGGGUUAUAUUCCUCCUGAGUACGGGCAAGCUUCGGUUGCUACUUAUAAAGGUGAUGUGUAUAGCUUUGGAGUUGUGCUUCUUGAGCUUUUGACUGAUAGAAGACCGGUGGAUAUGUGUAAACCCAAGGGAGGGAGGGAUUUGAUCUCUUGGGUUGUUAGGAUGAAGAGCGAGGGUCGAGCUAGUGAGGUUUUUGAUCCGUUCAUACAUGGUAAAGAGAAUGAGAAAGAGAUGGUUAGGGUUCUUGAGAUUGCUUGUUUGUGUUUGAGUGGAAACCCUAAACAGAGACCAACGACUGAACAGUUAGUCUCUUGGCUUGAUCAUGUCUAGAAGGAGGGAUUUUAAUCUUCAAAGAGAUAGGGAUACAUUUUGUAGGGAGUCAUUUCUAUACUUUUGAGAUACAAUGUAAAUAGUUUUCAGAGAAUGAUUUGUUCCAUUUUAAUAUUUA